UUCUUAUACCGUUCCCCAUAUACACUUGACAAACCAUGCGAUUAUUGUUCAACAACACCCGAAGAACUCAACAUGAUCUACGGAUUCUCUCUGGUUCUCCUCCUCUUAUGUGCCUUCUCGGAAGCACAGAUGCACGGCGAGGCUCGCUCUAUGACUGCGAUGUUCGGGAAGAUCAAAAGUGGCCUUCAGAUGGCCGGAAAAUUCCUCGGAAUCGACACCGCCAAAGGGGUAGCCGACCUAGUGAGCGAAGCUUUUGGAAAACAUAACCGGAGAAAAGGCGACGAAGCUGAUGCAGGUGGAAACAUAUUUUCCGGAUUUUUAAGGAUGCUCGGAUUUGACGCCAAGAGGAUCGGAGCUAUAGCCGUCAAUUCUAUGGUUUUCGUGGCGCAACUGAUCGGAAAAUCUCUAGCAAGAUCCAAACCAUUUCUCAGUUCAGAAGUGAAAAAUCUUCCAAUCGGCUCUCCUUUGGACUGGAUAAGAGAAAAACCCGAGAUAAAAUCAAAAAUGUCGUAUAUGACUAAUCCAGACUUGCCAAAUGAUAUAGUGGAGUACAUAAAGGAACGAUCUUUAGAUGAAAAUACAGACUGUAUACAAUUGCUAAUCUGCAAAACUGCACCUUUUAUUUGGGGUAUGCAGAAGUCUUUAAAAGACGAGAACUCAAAAGUGAGUGGUAUCGCUGCUCUUUUUCAGUACUUACCUACCAGUGAAGAAUUUUUGAGUAAUGGUGACAGGUGCGAAAAGUUACAUCCAUACUGUUUCCUAGAUAUUUACUGAUUUAAAUAAACUAUUUUUAGAAGA